CACUGGGGGAUAAAACACACUGUCCUCCACCUCUACAGUUCACGGAAUUUACCUGUUUUCACAAGGAUAUUUUCACAUGCCAACAUCGGAUAUUUAUGAACAUCUGCACCGGUGUAUAUAAGUAGCUUAAGCUUAAGGGGGGAAAAGAAAGCAGGAAUGGAUCAAAAUCUAUUUGGCGGGGCUCCACGCUUCCUAACUCGACCCAAGGCCUUCUCACUGUGCGUGGGACGAGAUGCCAGCCUCAGCUGCACUAUUAUGGGAACCCCUGUUCCUGUAGUCACCUGGGAGAAAGAUAAGAUGCUUCUUUCUGCAGGUGGACGCUUCAAAACAGUAGAAGAUGGUGAUGUUUACCGACUUACCAUCUACGAUCUAACUCUAGAAGACAGCGGUCAGUACAUGUGUCGUGCCAAGAACAAUGUCGGAGAGGCAUAUGCAGCUGUGACCCUGAAGGUGGGACUGCCGGAAACUGUGAUUGAUCGGGCCCCAGUGUUUACAGUAAAGCCUGUCUCCUCCCGUGUGGGUGUAGGGGGUGAUGUUACCUUCUAUUGUCGGGUGGCAGCCCAUCCAGCACCCAACUUUGACUGGGAAAAGGAUGGUCGCUACCUGGGUGAGACCAACCGCAUCAAGAUAACCUCAGAAAAUGAAUCCAGCUCCUUGAGGAUCCAGGGUGUUCGGAGCUUGGACAGUGGUACCUACACCUGCCGUGCACAGAACUCCAUUGGCCGUGCUCAGACCGCUGCUGCUCUGGUGGUCGACCUUCAAGAUACUCGUCUCCUGAAUGCAGACAAGAGCACAUCCCUCCUCUCACACAUGCAGAAGCGGAAAGAAGAGAUGCGGAAGGACAUCUCCUUAUACCGCACCAUGGAAAGUUCCUCAACCACGCAUACAGCUUCAUCUUCCAUGAACACAGAGGAACUUGGAAGCUUGGGAUUCGCCUGUGAUCAGGAGCAGAGGGUUUCGGCCUUAACCAGCAUGUUGCCCAAAGGUGUGUUCACCCGCACCUGUAUGGUGACCGAGGGUAAACAUGCAAAGCUUAGCUGUUUCGUCACAGGCCAUCCCAAACCUCAGAUCAUCUGGAGGAAGGAUGGGGUGAACAUCAGUGAGGGCCGCAGACAUGUUAUGUACGAGGACCAGGCUGAAAAUUUCAUCCUCAAGGUGCUCUACUGCAAACAAAGUGAUAAUGGGCUGUACACCUGCAAUGCAUCCAACUUGGCUGGACAAACCUAUAGUGCUGUGCUAGUGAUUGUCAAAGAGCCAAAGAUUCCGUUCAAGAAGAAGCUGCAGGAUGUCGAGGUGAAGGAAAAGGAAACCGCAACUCUUCAGUGUGAGGUGCCAGUGCCGAACACAAAGGCCAGUUGGUUUAUGGAGGAGACCCAUCUGGAGGAAAAUGCCAAGUACCGCAUGGAUGUGGAAGGGACCCUGCGCCGCCUCACUAUUCACAAUGUCACCACCAAUGAUGAUGCCGUGUACAUCUGUGAGAUGAAGGAAGGCAGCCGCACUGUGGCUGAACUUACAGUGCUGGCUCCUGGACCAUAA